GCCUAUGGUCGGCUGGUUUGGUUACUCCCCCCUUUAUCAUUCUCUUUGAAUCCACGACACUCUUCAUUACCAUUCAUCACUUCUUCAAUCCAUUCCUCUCUCUCUAUCUCUCUCUCUAGAACAAACAAACAAUGAGGACCUUAUGCCCAAACUUAGACAACGAAGAUGGUCUUGAAACUGUCCUCGAAGUUCCAAUCCCAGAGGAAAGUUUCGAUGACACCAAGAUCAACAACAACAACACUACCUCAUGGCAAACAAUGAAAUCUUGGAUGAAACCUCAUUCGCCUGAUAAAAAACAACAGUUUUCCGACUUUGGUGGCGGUCGAAAUGCCGAAAUUCAGCUCUUGCUUGGAGUCGUUGGAGCUCCUCUUGUCCCUCUUCCAAUCUUUUCCAAACAUCUCCCCUUCAAGUCAUUUAUCCAAGAUCAUCCCAUUGAGUCUUCAAUGGCUAAAUACAUCUUGCAACAAUAUAUAGCGGCGGCUGGAGGAGAAAAGGCGUUGAGUUUAAUUGAUAGUAUGUGCGCGGUAGGGAAGGUGAAGAUGGUGGCGACAGAGUUCAACGACGGAGAUGGAAUAACCGUGAGUUGCGGUGGUAAGGCGGUGAAGGCCAAAAGUGUGAAAAACAAUGGUGGUGAGAUGGGUGGGUUUGUGUUAUGGCAAAAAAAGCCGGACCUUUGGUCUUUGGAAUUGGUUGUUUCCGGUUACAAGAUCACCGCUGGCAGCGACGGGAAGGUGGCGUGGCGGCAGACACCGUGGCACCAGUCUCAUGCUUCUAGAGGCCCGCCUAGACCUCUUCGUCGUUCCUUACAGGGUCUUGAUCCAAAGUCAACAGCUAAUUUGUUCACAAAUUCAAUAUGCAUUGGAGAGAAGACCAUCAAUGGGGAAGACUGCUUUGUGUUGAAGCUUGAACCUGAGCUUCAAUCUUUAAAGCUAAGAAGUAGUAACAAUGUGGAGAUAAUGAAGCACACAAUUUGGGGGUAUUUUAGUCAAAGAACAGGUCUUUUGUACCAACUUAAAGACUCACAUCUUAUUAGAAUAAACACCCCUGGAAGUGAUAGUGUGUUUUGGGAGACAACCAUGGAGUCACUAAUCCAAGAUUACCGGACCAUCGAUGGGAUUAACAUCGCACACGGUGGUAAAACCACCGUCUCGUUGUUUAGAUUCGGGGAGGACACCGAAAGCCAUUCGCAAACUAAAAUGGAAGAGGUUUGGACCAUUGAAGAAGUGGAUUUUAACAUAAAAGGUCUUUCUAUGGACUGUUUUUUGCCACCGAGUGACUUGAAAAAGGAAGACGAUCAACCCAUUGUUAAGACGAAGAGUAGUGACAAGUUAAUCGGAAGUGCUAGGUUUGCCUCCAAGAGCCGCGGAAAUUCCUCAAGAUUUGGUGUUCCUAAGAUUGUCGCGAUCGAUUCCAACAGUUUCAACAGUUUGGGGGACUUGUGACAAAUGUUUCUUUUUUCUUACCAUGUCAUUUAUGUACAUAUAAUGUUGUACAAGUUGUAUAAUACUAGUAGAUAGGGAAUCGUGUGAGCUUGUAUGUGCUCUUUGACGAUCUUAUAGAGAUUGUUAGUAUAAUAUAUCCUAUACUAAAAUUGUUGAUUUAUGUAAACGUGACAUUUAUCUUA